UUUUAAAAUUUUGUAUCUUUCAAUUCGUAUUUUAAAUAUUUCAAGUUUUUUCCCAAUUUUCGCACGUUUUUACGACCGGAAUCUACGCUCGUGUUUUAACAAACCUUCAAGGCUGGAUAACUCUACCGGCAAUGUCCGAAACGUAUGAUUUCCUCUUCAAGUUUUUAGUUAUUGGUAGCGCUGGCACUGGAAAGAGCUGCUUGCUACAUCAGUUUAUCGAGGGGAAAUUUAAGCAAGAUUCAAGUCACACAAUUGGUGUCGAAUUUGGUAGCAGGAUUAUAAAUGUUGGGGGAAAGACUGUGAAGUUACAGAUCUGGGACACAGCAGGACAAGAACGUUUCAGGUCAGUGACAAGAAGUUAUUACAGAGGAGCAGCUGGAGCUCUCCUAGUGUAUGACAUUGCCAGUCGGGAGACAUACAAUGCUUUGACAAACUGGUUGACGGAUGCGAGGACAUUGGCCAGUCCAAAUAUUGUAAUUAUUUUGGUUGGAAACAAGAAAGAUUUAGACGCCGAACGAGAGGUCACGUUCAUGGAGGCGAGUCGUUUUGCACAAGAAAAUGAACUCAUGUUUUUGGAGACCAGUGCUUUAACUGGAGAAAAUGUUGAAGAGUCUUUCUUGAAAUGUUCAAGAACAAUAUUAAACAAAAUCGAAACAGGCGACCUCGACCCGGACAGAAUGGGAUCAGGAAUUCAAUAUGGCGACCCAUCGAGACGACGAACACUUCAGCCAAGAAAUUCGGAUGGUGGAAAGUGCCCGUGUUAGCAAUGCAAUGAAUCAUUACUGUAAAUUUCUUUGUCUCAAAGGCGUAUAUAACACUUCUUGAAUAUAGAGUAUUUAAGAUCCAUUUUGAUAGCAUUGAUCAAAACUGAUUUGAAAUUUUAAAGGUAUGCAUACAUGCCGUCGGAUAGAACAGAAAUUGCCUCAUGCUUUCGUUUAUGCAAAAUUAAGGAAACAAAAAAUUAUUUUACAGUCUAGGAUCAGUCUAGAAAUGCGGGAGGAGCAAUCCCCCAUAGAAAAAUGUUAAUUUUCUAAAAGAAAUCACCCGUUGCGGUAGAAAAUGUUACAAAAGGGAACAUUUUACUACUGAAGCAUGCGACCAUUCACCUCCCUACUGUUUCGUGGUCCCUGAUACAACAAUUUAAAUGACUUCUUUUAAAUCAGUGAAAGUAGGCCGAAAUGGCAUUCAAUAAUGGAUUGCGAGUUACGGGUAGCCGAGGAUGGGUGAUGAUGAAAUGGGUGACUAGUCAUUGGGGUAGAAGCUUCUCAGGGUAUUCACAUAAAAGUAAUCCUUAGGACCUUCGUGCGAUAUGGAAUGGCAAUUUGACAGAACGUGUGAAAUUCGCUUCCUGUGUUUCCAAAUUAUCAUGAACAGUUUCUAGACUCAAGCUUGUCUUUUCCCAUGCAUAUUCCAUCGUAAAUAAACCAU